UUGAGCGCUCUCUUUGAAAUUUCGCUCCAUUUUCUUCCUCGCAAAGACCCAAAAAGAGGGAAAGAGCAAAAAGAUAACCAAACCACAAAGAGAGAGAGAGAGAACGAGAUGAUCAAUGGCCAACAACACGUUUGGGAAAACCAUUUGCUCAAUCUGCUACGAAGACCUGAAGCCCGUCGUUGAAGAUCUCCAAGCCAUCUCCAUCUGCGGCCAUGUCUUCCACGAGCUCUGUCUGCAGCAGUGGUUCGAGUACUGCUCGAGCACGAAGAAGUGCAGUUGCCCUGUCUGCAAACAGGGAUGCAAGGCGAAGGACGCCGCUCGGCUCUACUUCCAGUCGAUCGGCGACUCGGCUGAUCCGUGUCUCACUCAGAGGCCGAUCGCCGCCGACCGCGGGGAAGAAGAUUCCGAGGCGUUGCGGAGAGAGGUCAGGAGAUUGGAAGCGAAGGUUCUAGGGCUUGACUCGGUGCUGGAGCGGCGGGGGAAGGAUCUCAAGGAGCUCAACAACGAGCUUUGCCUUUGUAAGGAGCAGGAGAAAAAAGAAACAGCAUUGAAGAAUGAAGCCUUGAAAGAAAAAGCAUUCAUGCAACAGCUGCUUCGCGUGAAAACUGAGGAGCUCGAUAAAUCGACUUUGGAGUGCUUAAGGUUGCAAGAAAGAAGUAUGGCUUUGGCGAAAGAGCUUGCGGCAUUAAAAUUGGUAUCUGAUUUAGAUCUGGAUGAAGAUGAGGUUCUAAAGCUUGCCUCCUUUGGUAGUGGGGGUAAUAGUCAAGAUACGGUUGACAUUUUACGAAGGUCCUUGGUUAUGCGGAAUAGGAGCUACAAAGAAUUGAUGGCUAAGUGCAAUCUUCUUGGACGAGGAGAGUCUCGAUCUACUAAAAAUUUAGAGAAGGCCAAAGAAAAGAUAAACAGAUUGAAGGAAAGGGUAAAAGAAUUGGAGAUAGCUGUUGAACUUAAAGAUAAUAAAGUCCUGAGGGAACUGAAAGCUUCCAAGAAAACUCAUUUGGAUGGGCUUGUUAACGACGGUGUGAACUGUAAAUCUGAUUCUUUAUUCAACAAUUAUGUAUCAGAAGACCAAAAUAAACAAAGUUCUGUGCCCAGGCUUAACUUGGAGCAGUCAGGAAGCUUGCAAGAUGAUCUAUUGUGUCCUAGAAAAGUACAAAACUGCAAACCAGCAGAUUAUGUUGAUAUGGAUUAUACUCGAGGUGGUCCAGAGGAUGUCAUUGUCUUGAAGCCUGCUCCGAAAAUAUCAAAUGCAACUUCUGAUAUGGAGAAAGAAACCUCUGUGCGUCAAGAAAGUAACCCUGAUGUGCCUUUGAGUUCAAGAACUAGUGUUGACAGUACCCCCAAGACCUUUGCUGUUGAUAUUGAUGACGAUGUGACUUUGCUUCUUGAUGAUGUUGCACAAGUUGAACCCACGCUUAACAUUAGAAAAGAAUCUUCUACCCCAUUGCCUCCUUCCAACCCAGGAGGCAUAUGUUUUUCUGGUGGAUUGCUUGCGCCUGAUGGAACAAACAGGUAUUUGGGUAAAUGGUGUAAGCGGGGUCAAAACAAGGAGACAAGAGAAGGUGUAAACACAAGUAUUUCUGGCGAUUUGAUUGCCAUUGGAGCUGAUGGAAGAGGUGGUAGGAUCAAAGUUCUGAGAUCUCUGAACCAAUCCUCACUGGAUCAUAAGGAGACUUCAGUAGGGGUAAAGAGGCGCAAGAAUGGACCCACGACAAACAGUCAACCGUCCCGAGGAUGCUUGCAAAUUGAACACUUCUUUGGAAGGGUUAAUAACUAACAAUUUAGAGGGUCUCAGAAAAUAGGCCAGGAAUCCCUCAAGAAGACCAUUCUUUUGGCCAGGGAGAAAGAGUAAAAGUUCUUUUUUGCCAAUUAUCUGGUCAUGCAUACGUUCUAUGUAGGAGGAAGUCAUUGGCGAAAGAAUAAAAAUGGCCUGUGCUUGUUUGUAGAUGUAUUUAUUGACCUUAUUACGUUUGAGUCAUCCCCUGAUCUUGGAUGGGCUGGUUCAACUCAAGAAGCUACACAUCAAUAUGGUUUGGUGCCUUCCGGGUCAGACCUUUCCUAAUGAAGCUUGCCUUUAGGUCCUUGGUCAAUGAAGAAUGAUAAGUUGUAAUUUUGUCUUCUUUCAAAGUCAACAUAGGUAAAAAAAAAACCUCCAAA